CGCCCACCCGUAGCAGCUACGUCCCAGCCGCCCCUCGUUUCCCAGCCUGCCCCGCCCCCCGCCUCCUUCCCCUCCUUGGCCAUGGCCACCUCUGGACGCCUGAGCUUCACCGUGCGCAGCCUCCUGGAUUUACCCGAACAGGACGCGCAGCACCUGCGGAGGCACGAGCCGGAGCUAUGCGCUCCCCAACCCGGCCCCUGCGCCACCUGGUUGGAAUCCGAGCGCGGCCACUACCCCUCCUCGGACGAGAGCAGCCCAGAGACCAGCCCACCCGACUCGUCGCAGCGGCCGUCCGCUCGGCCGGUGUCUCCUGGCUCAGACGCUGAAAAGAGAAAGAAGCGUCGGGUGCUGUUCUCCAAGGCGCAAACGCUGGAGUUGGAGCGGCGCUUCCGGCAGCAGCGCUACCUGUCGGCGCCCGAGCGCGAGCAGCUGGCGCGCCUGCUUCGCCUCACGCCCACACAGGUCAAAAUCUGGUUCCAGAACCAUCGCUACAAGCUGAAGCGCGCGCGCGCACCGGGCGCGCCGGGGGCAGCGGAGUCGCCUGACCUGGCAGCAGCUGCGGAGCUGCGCGCCGCACCCGGCGUGCUGCGCCGCGUGGUGGUCCCAGUGCUGGUGCGCGACGGUCAGCCGUGUGGCGGCAGCGGCGAGAUGGGCACGGCCUCCGCCCAGGACAAGAGCGGCGCGUCCCCAGCCGCUGCCUGCCCUCUGCCGGGCUACGCCGCCUUCGGGCCCUGCUCGGCUCUUGGCCUGUUCCCCGCCUACCAGCACUUAGCGCCCCCAGCCCUGGUCUCCUGGAACUGGUGA